AUGUUCAAUCCACGACUCAAGACGCCUUCCAACAUCGUAGUGGUCGGGCCGAGCAAAUCRGGCAAGACGUACUGGGUGUCGCGAAUGAUUCGAGAACGUCGCGACCUGUUCCGAGAACCGCUCGACCGCGUGGUGUUUUGCUAUGGCGAGUGGCAGAAAGGWUUUGAAGCGUUGCAGCAAGACCAGGGAGUGACGAUGAUCGAGGGAUUGCCAGACGAUUUGUACGACCGAUUCGAGGGACUCCCCGGGAUCUUGGUGUUGGACGAUCUGAUGGUGGAAAGUUMCAACAACCCAGAAGUGGAAAAAUUGUUCACGCGAGUGACGCAUCAUCGCGGAUUGACGAUCGUGUUCUUGACGCAGAAUCUGUUUCGCAAGGGGUCGCGCACGCAGAGUCUGAACUCGCACUACGUGGUAGCAUUUAAAAACCCGCGCGACCAGAYGCAGAUGGGAUUCCUCUUCCGCCAGGCGUUUCCCAAGCAACAGAAGUUUGUCGAGGAAGCCUUUAAAGACGCCACUCAACGCGAAUACGGGUACUUGCUGUYCGAYUUUGAAACCGACACGCCCGACGCCUUUCGUCUGCGCACUCGAAUUUUUCCCACCGAUCCGGGUCCUCAAGUGGUGUACGUGCAUAAAAAUGAGCCCUGGCCUCAGAAGKUUCUUCCCAUACCGUAG